AUGCUCAAAUGGAAGCCUUACCUUUACGUAGUGGAUGGCUGCGUGCCAUUUCCAGCAGUUGACGAGGAUGAUGUCGUGGUCUGGCUUUCUGAUGCCACCGAGGACGCCACACUUCUUGGAGUAGCUGCAUCGUACCAUGGAGACUAUGUCACAUCCACGGCUCCCGACCUCAGUGGCGAUCAUCCAUUGAUCCGGUAUUAUACUGCCUAUCAGAUUCUUGACCAUUCUUUGGGAUUCACGAGCCCUGUCGGAGGCACACAGCCGCUCAUUGCUUGGGAUGAGCUUCCAAGUGUUGCCCAAAGUGCGCUUGCCAACAAAGAUUGGGACGGCCCGCCAUUCAGGUCACGGGCAGGAGGUGCUCCACCCGAGAUGUGGCAAGACGUGAUUGCCUCUAGGCGUAGGAAGGCGGCCGCCAGCGCGUCAUUCGUGUCAGCGCACGACGGUUACACAGCCCAGGCACCGAAUGCAGCAGACCGUUAUGUGGACGAAGAUGCAACAGACACCUUUAGCAACCUCCAGUGCCAGAAUUUAGUGGUGUUCACCAGGGUAGUUGUCGGACAAGCGGCUAGCGCCUAUCUCGAGUCGGUAGUCGAUAUUAUCGUAGACGACGAGGCCGACGAGGCGUACGUAGGCGAUUAA